UAGACACAAGUUAUUUAGGGCCCAGUAGGAAUGAGCCAGGCAGAGGAGACUGAGGCUGGCCAGCCAGCGGGCACUGCCCAUGCAAAGGCUUGGGGGCUUGACAUGUCGGGGCGUGGCUACAGAAGUGCGCGUUCUUUAGUGUGGCGGGAACAGGGUGUGAGAUUAGGGUUUCGGGGCUGAGGCUGGUGAGGUGGCCGGAGGGAGAAGGGCCCUGAUAGUGGUGUGGCAGGACUCCCGAGGGGCUGGGGGAGCCUAGUGGAGUGGUGACGGGUCCGAUCUGAGGCUGCCACGUGGAUAUCAGAUGGGAGAAAGCCCAGCUGGAGACCAGAGACAGCAAGGCAGCUGGAGCGGGGCUGGGCAGGAGGGGACCAGCGCUGGGCCUCCAUAGGGUGGUGGGGCAGCUGGGAGGGACCCGAGCUGGGAGGCGGCUGCAGGGACACCAACCCCAGCUUCCCAGCCACGCUCUGAGUGCUCCCAUUUAGAUCUAGAGCCCCAAGGCCAGCGCAGGCCUGGCUGUGAGCGUUGAGUGAGAAUCCGUAUACAGGGCUUAAAUCAGUGCCUGACCACAGUGGAUGCUCGAACAGCGGCCAGGAUUGUAACAGGCCGUUAAUGCUGGUUCUUGCGUAGAAAAGGAACCCCGUGAGUGCAGGCGCAUCAUCACCAUCUAACAGAUGAGGCAACAGUACCUUGCCCAGGGUUGUGCCACAAGUGAGUGGUUGGGUGGGAUGUUAACCCGAGACUCCCCUGCCCUGAUGGAGUGUCAGUGCUGGAAACCUGGCUCAGACGAGCGACCGUGAACCUGGAGAUGCAGGAGACGCUGGUGUCUGUCCCAGGCCGGCGCAGACAGGGAGGUCCAGCAGGGGCUGGGACCCACGGGAAGGUGCCGACGUGGGCCCUGCUCCCAGCAGUUGAGUCUGGUACCACCUCACGGCACGGCUCACCCACCCCUGGAGCUGGUCAGAUGCACUCCGGCCUCUACCCUAGCCUGGCCAAGCUGCCGGUGGUCACUGUCCCUGGUCAGGCACCUGCCCGCAUAGGACUCAGGGGCCCCUCAUCCCAUUUGGUGCCCAAGGGUUCUGAGAGUGUCUGCUGGGGGCCGAUUUGUUGGGACAGUGGUGAUGCUUAGAGGCCAUGUGCCCAGCAAAGUCCCUUUGUGGCCCCUUGCCUGUGGGGGAAGCAGGGGCUUCCACAGGAGCACACAGCAGCCUCUGGGGAGAGAAUAGCCCCCUGCGGGAGGGGGUCAGGCUGGAUGGGAAGGGGGAGCAGGAGAGGCAGACGCAAAUGAGGGCUGGCGUUGCUCUCCCUGGGAAAUGGCCAUUUGCAUAGACACUGAGCCCCUGGGGCCUAGAGCCUGGGGCAGCUCAGCUCCUCAUCACAGUCCCUUAGGCGCCACCACAGACACACAGACACACAGACACACACACACACACACACACACACUGUUUACCGUCUGUGCACUGUUAAACCAUCUCAUCCGUGAAAGUUGUUGCCAGAUAGCUCUUUUAUGUCCUUUAAUGGACGUUUAAAUUUUUCUUCCUAAAGAUUUUAAGCAUCCUUUAUUAGAUUCAUUCCUAACCCAAAACCUUAAUGUGUAUUUAGUUUCUACUAUAUUUCCUGGUUGCCUUGUAGGGAGGCUGUUGAUUUUUGUACGCCGGUCUUGUAUCUGGGAGCUCCAGAAGGCGAUUCCCUUGGUUUUCCACUUCGAUGUUCCUAUCUGCUGAAAUCUUCCCUUUUCUGUCUUUUAUUGAAAUGAUCAGAUCCUUUUCUGCUGGUUGGAAUGUUGUCCAUGUCUUACUCGUUUAGAGGUUUCCUCUAACUUGCUAAGACUCGUUUAUAUUUUUCUCCAUUUAUGUCUAAGUCAAGUCCAUUGAAGUCCUCUUGCCUUUUGUGUUAGACCCCCUGUCGUCCAGCCCCCCCACCCCCCUUCUCCUUUGUCUGUUUAAAACAAGCACAAUUGAGGAAGUCAGACUCUGCUGAUGGUGUGAGUGCCGAGGGGCCUCAGGCUCGAGGUCGGGGCCCCAGGACCCAUGUUUGCCCGUUUCAACAACAUUCGAUUUAAAGGCAAACGGGUGAAACUCAACUCUGGCUACGAAAGUGGCUUCAAACCACACUAGUUUUGUGAUCUGCCUUCUUCUAAAGUCUUGUCGAACAGCUGCAUCACCGGUGGCUCUGGAUUCCCCUCAUAGCUUUUACCUGCUACUGGGCGUCCCCUGGAACAAAGGCGUGAAGAUGUGUGCGCCCAGCCGGGGCCUGCGCUGGCCUCAUGAGGGGAGUCGCUGGGUCUCCGGCCUGCGUGCUUCUUACACUUUGCCUGCAGGUGCCCUCGGCAGGUGACAGCACCCCCCUGGGGGCCGGGGGCCACCCUCCCCCCACCCACCGGGUCUGACCUGACAGCUCCUUUCAGCCCAUGGGGGAAGGUGCUCCUGACAGGUGCGGGUGGCAUAUGUCAGCUGUGGCUUUUGUGGCCAUUGUGGCUGUGUUUACACGGCUGCUCCUCCAGCCCCGGCUCCUGCUGGAGCUGCCUUUCACGUCGGGCUUUCAUCUGGAACAGAUGUAAAACUCUUCUCUUUCCCGCUUAGGAAACCGAAACAGCCCUCUCUCUUUGAGGCAAAUUCUGGGCAUUUGUUCUCUCUGGAACAAUACUGUCCUUAUAUGGGUUCUUGUCGCAAAGGCCGCAGUGCCCAGACCCUCACAUACCUGUCUGGCCCUCGAUGACGUCACGGCGCGUCCAUCGCUCUGCCUGCGUUUUGGAUGCAUUGUUGAGAAUAACCGGUCCAGACUUGCCCCGAGACACCGGGAGGAUCCAGCAUUUACCUCUGUGUUCCCAUGAGCCCUUGCCUGGUCCUCGUGUGCCCGCCGUCACCCUUUAAUGCUGAAAACAGGUGGUGAGCACACUCCUGUCCAGCCUUGUGUCCCCACAGCGCACCCGUGUGCGUCCUGCCUGCAGUCGGCCCCCUUCAGGGAUAAACGUUGGUCCACCCUGGCCUGGGCACCCCGGGGACCAGCGGCUCUGGCCCUUCUUGGUUCACUGCAGGCAGAUGUGAGGAAUUAGAAAUUUUUGAAAACCUGAGAUGUCGUUGUAAGAAUUAGACGUUGAAGUGCAAAGGUCGUAACAGUCAGUGCCUGCUCCUCAGAGUUCCAGGCUCCGCUCAGAGUACUUGAAGGAGAUCCCUGCAUUUCAUCCCCAACAGCCAAGUCGGGACUGCUGAUACCCGAAAGAUGAGAAAGCGGCGGCGUCACGCAGCUGCUAAGCGGCAGACCUGGGAUUCGAACUCAGGCCCUCUGGUUUCAGAGCCGCGUUCUUCAUCAUCGUAUUCUGUACCUAAGGCUGUUUGGUCCAGUGUGGGAGAAGAAAUGUCUCAAGUAGGACCCGUCUCCAGGGACCUCUUUCUGGACGCCUUCCUGCACGAGCGCAGCCCGGAAGCCCUGGAGGUUCCUGGCAUGACCGAGCUCACAGAGUCCUCCCCCGACAGUGACAACCGUGACUCUGUGGCCAUGCGGCUGGCCUUCAUCGGGGACGAGAUGGAAGUGAGAUGGAUGCUGCCCCACAUCGCUGAGCUGCCUGGGGUGGCCGUGUACAGCUUGGCCUUCACCUACAACCAGACAGGCCUGAGGGGUGUUUUUAGAAGUUUCAUGGAUGGUCUCACUAACCUCAGGGAGAACAUAAGGUUCUGGAGCUUCCUGACCCGCAGGGACAGGGUAAGCCUGAGAUUUCAUGACCUUGACUCACCUUCCUGCAUGUGUAGCCCUCUGGAGCCGUGGAGCAGCUGCCCCGUAGGGCACAGCCUCGCUGGUUGCCACAGUCCCCACCAAUCCCUAUUGUCUUCUUUUGCCUGCUUCACCCAUUCCUCCUCCUGCCUGUUCCCUGGGCCUUUGGGUUUGAGAUGGCUGGCUUACUGAGAGAGGAUGCACGAGUCCUUGCGUGCGCUAGCUUCCACAGCUGUGCCCGUGCUCCCGCCUGUACCAGGACUGCCUCCACCUGGCAGACGUGACUGGUUAUCUGCCCAGGGCAGAGGCCUCUUCUCCUGAGCUGCUUCCCUGACCACUGCUGAUCCUCCCCCCCAGCACCGCGGAUGGUCCCUCACACCUCUCCACCGUAUUGUGCCAGUUCCCGGCAGACGAGCAGCCCGGGUGGGCUGGCCUCCUCUCCUCUGUGUGUCCCAAGGGCCACUCUCCUCUCCUCCCCGUCCUGUGCUCAUCUUUCAGGGCACCUUGUUCUAGACCCCUCCAGUUCUGAGUGAGGCGCUUCUGCGUUCCCUUCCUUUACCAGACUCGCUCUUUGCCGGCCCACUGUCACCCACAUGUGCUCAUCCCAUGUCCACAGAGCGCGCACAGGACGGCGAGCUGUGGAAUGAGCAAGCCUCUUCCAGGCUGGGGGUCCUCACUUCUCUCCCCUUCAUCCCACAGGUGUCCCCCAGUCGGGGGCGCGAGCUGGCGCUGUCCGUGCUGCUGCUGCUGGUGCUGCUGCUGGGCUGGGGGCUCCACCUCCUCCAGUGACGGCCGCUGUGGGGCAGUGCGGGGGCGGGGCUGGUCCCCUCCCCCUGACCG